AAAUGACACGUCAUCAUCAUCAUCAUCAUCUCUUUAUUCCUCUGGUCUGAACCAGUUAGUUGUUCGUUGUUCAGUGCCACACAAACAACAACACAAUGGCACUCUCAACUGCUAUGACUAUGGCUAUUUCAUCUCUACCACACAACAACAUCAAUUUUCUUCCUCCACUAUCUUGUUCAAUUUCUACUACUAAACCUCUUCGAAACACUUUAUUCAAAAUCAAAAGCCUUAGAACUGAAAGAGAAGCUUCUUCAUCAGAUCCAAAUCCAGGUUUUGAUCCCAAAUCAGGUGUAGCCGUUUACAAACCUAAAUCCUAUGAAGUUCUCGUCACUGAUGCUGCUAAUUCUCUUGCUUAUGCUCUUCAAGAAGGAAAAUCUCGACUCGAGAUCGAUUUCCCGCCCUUGCCCAGCGACAUUUCUUCAUAUAAGGGAUCUUCAGAUGAGUUCAUCGAUGCCAACAUUCAACUUGUCUUGACUGUUGUAAAAAAGCUCCAGGAGAAAAAAGAGACCAGAGCUUGCAUAGUAUUCCCUGAUAAGCCAGAAAAGCUUCGAGCCUCUAAGUUGUUCAAAGCAGCUCUAGAUUCAGUUGAUGGCAUCAGUAUAGGUUCCUUAGAUGAUGUCCCUGCAGGACCAGUGGCUUCAUUUUUCCGAUCUGUUAGGAACACCCUUGAUUUUGACUUUGAAGAUGAGAAUGAAGAUCGUUGGAAGUCUAGUGAGCCUCCAUCACUCUUCAUAUUCAUUAAUUGCAGUACACGUGAACUUGGUUAUAUUGAGAAGUAUGUGGAACAAUUUGCUACAUCAACACCAACACCAACACUUUUAUUUAAUCUUGAGCUAGAUACACUACGUGCUGAUUUAGGCAUUCCAGGCUUCCCAGCCAAAGAUUUGCACUACCGUUUUCUUUCUCAAUUCACUCCAGUUUUCUACAUUCGGAUCAGAGAUUAUUCAAAGACAGUUGCAAUAGCACCUUAUAUUGUCAAUUACAGUGGAGCUGUGUUCCGCCAGUAUCCUGGUCCCUGGCAGGUGAUGCUUAAACAAGCCGAUGGUUCUUUUGCUUGUGUAGCAGAAAGUGCAACCCGUUUCACCCUUGGUGAAGCCAAAGAAGAACUGUUGAGGGUCCUGGGACUUCAAGAAGAAGUGGGAAGCUCUCUAGAAUUUCUACGAAGAGGCUAUAAGUCAAGCACGUGGUGGGAAGAAGAUUCUGAUUUGGAACUAUCUAAUGCAUGGCGGACUUGAGUUGAACACCACUAGAGGACAUUCUGUGUUUUAUAGUCCAUCCACAUGCAGUUGUCAUUGAAUGCAAACAUGUAAAGAAAGAAAGCAUUGCCUACAGUUUUUCUUUUUUCUUUAUAUUUUAAUUUUAAUUAUCUUUGAUGUAAUCCUUUUGCCAAAGAAAUAUGAGAACUUAGCAAACUCAAUUGUAACAAUGUCAAAUGUAGAUUCUGUUUUACAUGAUGCCUUAA